GGCAGCAUCACUGGGCAGUUAACAAUUCAGGGAAACCCAGGAGGUAAACUUAAGACAAACCACGUCUGUGAUUCUGCUGCAGUAGCUGAACUCUCGAAGCAUUCUUCAACUACAAACAAGUCUGGGCACCAAACUGUAAAACAAUGAAAGUGGCUCUUGUUUUCGUUUUGCUCUUCACCACAGUUCUCUGCCGGCCGGCGAGAAAAGUCGUGGACGUGGGUUCAGACAGCUCUGAAGAAGUGGUGAAGAGUCCAGCAGCUCCAGCCAUCACAAAACAGGCAUUAGUUCAGAAGGCUGUAGUAACAGCUGCAGCUGGGUCAGAAGAGAGCACUGAGACUUCAGAAGAGGAUGCAGCAGCAGCUCAGUUAGAGGUUAAAGCAGAUGGCACAGAUGCAGUUUCAGCAACAGAUGCCCCAGUCGACAGCAGUGAAAGUGAAGACAGUGAUGACGAUGACGAUGAUGAUAAAACAGAGGAGAGUGAAACAGAGGAAGAAGAGGACUCCACUGACAGCUCUGACUCAGAGUCAGGUGAGGCUUCCACACCGGCACCUGCCACCGUCACCCCCGUGGUCGUGACAGUGGAGCCCACAGCUGAAACCACUGUGGACACCAUCCUGCCUACCAUUGUUACUGACGUUGAUCAAGGCCGCGGGGACAGCUUGGGAGGCUACCCCAGUGACUACAAGUCCAUCAUCUACGUGGAAGAGAAAACCUACCACAAGCUUCCCGGUCCGUACAAAUCCUAUGAGUUCAUGGGAGCUGGAAAGAAGAUGGCCUAUGACAUGACUAACGGCAACGAGGUGGAAAAGUCACCAAAGAUGCAUAAGGCUUUACAGAUCCACUCCGACCUUCUGGAGGAGGACACUAGCACCCCUGAGGUGGAGAGCCAAGGUCUGGAUCUCUCCUUUGGCACACCUCAGGACCAGGACAUGAGCCCCCGCCAGGCCGUCCUUCCAGAGGAGGAGCAGAGUGCUAGCGCCAGUGAUGCCAGCGCCAGUGAUGCCACCACCAGUGAAAGUGGAAGCAGCAGCACUCCAGAGGCAGAGGAAGAGGAAGAAGAGGACAGCGCCAGCAGCGCCAGUGACAGUGCCAGUGCCAGUGCCAGUGCCAGCAAGGAGGAGGAGGAUGAGGAGAGCCAAAGCAGUGAGGAAGCUACAGCCACGCCUGGAGCUGCUGACAGCGAUUCAGAUGAGAGUGACAGCAUUGAGGGUGACUCUGAUGAGGACGCUCCAGGACCUGACACCACUACUGACAUGCCAGUGGUUGUCACUGCCAAAUAAGCCCCACUCACCAAGGAAGUGGAGUGGAUGGAGGUGUCACAUGCUUUUUUCGAAACCGCAUACUGCAUACUGCAUACUGCACAGACCACUGUAUAUUGAAUACACUGCAUGCUGUUUAUGGUCAUCAUAAGUACACGGUAUGUCACCAUAAAAGUGUUUCUUUGAUGGCACAAACAAAAAACAGAGGUUUUAGUGUGUGAGCUCAGGUGAUCAUUUGCACAAAGGAUUUUUUUCCAGAAAUCGCACACCAUCAGGGUAUUUUUCACAUGCUGUAUUUGUUCACAUACUAGCUGUAGCAUUUUACAUUUUGGUGAAGUCAGUACAAAUCAACUGUAUAGUAUGCGGUUUCAAAAAUGGCCAUAAUCAAAUUCAGAACUUCCUCCAGGUGUAAAGACCCACCUCUUGAGCUAUUUCCAGUGCAAGGUCAAACAGGGAAAACCACAGAUUCAUUAUCGUUGAUUCUAAUGUGUUCAGCCAAUAUAUCUGUGAUUGUAUAUCGUAAAAUUAAAUGUGUCCCUGUGGGUUAAUAAAAUAAAGUGAUAGCUCCCAUGCCAUGUGGUCUAGUGGUACAAUUAUAUCCCGUAUUUGUCCUCAAGGGGCAAAAAAGGUUGCUGAUGAAAAUGAAGACUGCUACCUGCAACAAGAGGUUCUCGGACCUCAUACUUUUUGCUCUCCGUUCCCUUUUCCUCGAGCUGUUACUGCAUGAUAGAAAGGCAAAACUGGGAAAAAACAAAGGAGAAGACAAAGCUGAAUCCUGGUAUUUGCACAAGCACAACUUUUAUUUAACCAUUAAUCAAUAACCAUAGCAAAUAGCCAUAUGCAAACCAAUGUGUUUGUGACUGAAACAGAGAAGAUUUCACAAUUUAGUUCAACAUUUUAGGCAAUGCGUUUGCUUCCAAUGGGACUAGGCUUACCUACGUAUAUUUAAUUUAGCUGGUGCUGUAAACAGAGUCAAUUACCAUCCAUUGCUGGACUAGUUGAGAUAUAAGUCAAGUAUACACAUCCAUACAUGUGCCACAGCCCUGUUUAUUUGCACAGGUCCAACACGUACCUACACUACAUGUUGCAUGUUGUUUGUCCCAUGUUGUUUACAGUAAUGUAUCAUAUUGUACCAUUUCUGAAUAAAGUUCUUUUUUUUCAUAUAAAGAGA